AGCAAUUUGAAAACUAACAAAUUGUUGGCAUAUAGGGGGGUCAAUGGUAGCCCAUUGCCGUCUCAUAGUAGAAAUAGAAAUAAACUUUAAUUAAGCUAUCGAUAUUUUCGGGUUGGCUGCCCCCAUAACCCCAUUGCCAUUUGAUCAGGUGAUUCCGACAAACAACACGAAAAGUAUUUAAUUUCUCCAUUGAUUGAUCAACUGAAGCGAUGUCGUUCUCGUUCUUCAAGGCCUUAAGGCCUAAAACCCCACAAGAACUCGCCAAAGCAAUCAAAGACAGCCUCAUGGCUCUCGACACCAAAACUGUUGUUGAGGUUAAAGCACUCGAAAAGGCAUUAGAAGAAGUUGAGAAGAAUUUUGGUGCAAUGAAACUUGUGCUUUUAGGAGAUGGGGAGGUUGAACCAAAUGUCGAUCAAGUGUCACAGUUAGCUGUAGAAAUUUGUAAAGAGGAUGUAAUUGCUCUUUUCUUUCACAAGUUAUCUAUACUUGGGUGGGAGGCAAGAAAAGAUUUAGUCCAAUGUUGGUCCAUACUAUUGAAGCAAAAAGUUGGAUCAACUCAUUGUUGUGUGCAAUUCUUGGAGAAUCAUUCAGAUUUGUUGGAUUUUCUUGUUGCGGGUUAUGAUAACAAGGAGAUUGCUUUAAAUUGUGGAAACAUGUUGAGGGAAUGCAUCAAGUUCCCGAGUCUUGCAAAGUAUAUAUUGGAGUCUCCAAGCUUUGAACUAUUCUUUAAGUAUGUGGAGCUUGCUAACUUUGAUGUUGCUUCUGAUGCAUUUUCGACUUUCAAGGAUCUUCUUACCAAACAUCCAAUUGCAGUAUCUGAAUUCUUAACUUCUCAUUAUAAUGAGUUCUUUGAGCAGUAUGAAACACUCUUAACCUCUAAUAACUAUGUUACAAGAAGACAAUCUUUAAAGCUUUUGUCAGAGUUCCUUUUAGAGCCUCCAAGCUCCCAUAUAAUGAAAAAAUAUAUUGCAGAAGUUCAACACUUCAAAGUCAUGAUGACAUUGUUAAAGGAUACAAGCAAAAACAUCCAGAUCUCUGCAUUCCACAUUUUUAAGAUCUUUGUGGCUAACCCUAACAAACCUCGAGAAAUAAAAGUCAUAUUAGCAAAGAACCAUGAAAAAUUGCUGGAAUUGCUAAACAAUUUAUCUGCUGGAAAAGGUGGUGAUGAUGAUCAAUUUGAAGAGGAAAAGGAACUUAUCAUUAAAGAAAUAGAAAGAGUAUCUCAACUCCCAGAUCUUGAUUCUUAGGCAGUUUGGCAAGUGGCAAUAAAACCCUCCUGCUUCCUUCCUUCCACUACUUCAAGUUCAGGCAGAUUAUCGAUCAUUUGAAGCAAACACUUCAAAUUUCUCCCACAUUGUAAUCAGGGGUUUGUUUUUUGAUUUGAAAACAGGUGAACUUCUAAGAAGAUGGCAUAUGCAGCAUUGAUGCCAACAAAGCUAGGGUUAGAAGGUUCACAUGAUCAGAUUCACAGGCUUCGAACCACUACCUCUUGCAUGAAUGUGGACAAUCUGAGUAAAGUUUUUGUUCGUGGAGCCCACACUGACAAGCUGAAAGUCAAAGGACCGGUCAAAAUGCCAACUAAAGUUCUGCACAUCAAAUCUGCAUUGUCUUGUGUUGAAGAGAAGACAGGGUUCAAGGACUUUUUGCACAUCAACGAUUUUGACAAGGAAACAAUAUUAACAAUAUUGGAUAGAGCCAAAGAAGUGAAAGCAUUGCUAAAAUCAGGCGAAAGGACAUAUCUACCCUUCAAAGGGAAAACAAUGGCAAUGAUCUUUGCAAAGCCCUCCAUGAGAACCCGUGUCUCCUUUGAAACAGGUUUCUUUCUACUUGGUGGACAUGCAAUAUAUUUAGGCCCAAAAGACAUUGAAAUGGGAAAACGUGAAGAAACCCGUGAUGUGGCCCGUGUUUUAUCUCGCUACAAUGACAUCAUCAUGGCCCGACUCUUUGCUCAUCAGGAUCUUUUGGACUUGGCAAAUUACGCAAGUGUCCCUGUGAUCAAUGGGCUGACAGAUUAUAAUCAUCCAUGUCAAAUCAUGGCUGAUGCUCUUACAAUGAUUGAACAUAUUGGUCAAAUUGAGGGGACUAAGGUUGUGUAUGUUGGAGAUGGGAAUAAUAUUGUGCAUUCUUGGCUUUUGUUGGCUGCUGUUGUGCCUUUUCAUUUUGUGUGUGCGUGUCCAAAAGGCUUUGAGCCCGAUAAAGAGACUGUUGAAAAAGCCCAACGGGCUGGAGUUGGGAAAAUUGAGAUUACAAAUGACCCACAAGAAGCUGUUAAAGGGGCUGAUGUUGUGUAUUCAGAUGUUUGGGCCAGUAUGGGCCAAAAGGAAGAGGCUGCAUAUCGUCGACAAGUUUUUCAAGGAUUUCAGGUGGACGAAGAACUAAUGAAGAUAGCUGGACCUCAGGCUUACUUCAUGCAUUGUUUACCAGCAGAAAGAGGUGUGGAGGUUACUAAUGGAGUUAUUGAAGCUCCAACCUCCAUCGUCUUUCCCCAAGCUGAGAAUCGAAUGCAUGCACAAAAUGCAAUUAUGCUACAUUCACUUGGCCUUUAAACAUGAAAUUAUGUGCUUCUUAUAGAGCUUUUCAAUCUGUUUUAUGUUUGUCAUGUUGAUCACAAUUGACUUUUGAGAUAUCAGGUCAAAAAACUUAACUAAUGAUUCC